UUAGCAAGUCAGUCAGUCAGCCUGGAACCCAGCUGCCCGCAGUUAUAUGCGUUGUCAGAAUAGAUAGAUAGGCCGUGGGAGGAGCGCUACUACCCUUCCCAGGACGCGGACACCGUCAAUGACACUGGUGCCAUGUGAUAACGCUUGCAGAUCAAUAGGCUGAAUUGGUCUGGCCGAAUGCCAACUUCGGCAAUAGUCCGCUUUUUUCUUCUUUCUUUAAAUUAAAUGUCAAUUUGGUGGCUCCACUCAAUGUGGACGAAUUGGGGUAGGAAGGUGGAAAAACCAAAGGAUGCUUCUAGAUACCUCUUUUCUUUUAAACCCGCGAUCGGGUACUCGCGAGGCUGGGAGUUGAGCGGGCAUAGUAGCAGAAGCAGUAGCAGCAGCAGCUCCCUCGCGUAUGUACAGGAAAGAGGGGAAGGAGAUAACCCUUCCUCCAAAACCGGGAUUAGUGUUGUUGUGAGCUGUUGCUGUUGUUAUUGUUGUCCUCUGCUACCGGCCUCGGGAAUGUCCCAGUUCUUUCCCUUUUCCUUCUCUUUCCAUGAAGAGAAAGGUGUAUGUUGUCGGCAGAGUGUAUUAGGAAGUGUCGUAGUUUGUUGAGGUGAGUAUUUGGUACGCUGUGCAUAAUAACCGCGGUUCACAGCCGCGC